AUGUGGUGGAAAAUACUUCUGUUUAGUUUGUAUCUGCUAAUCUUGUUCAUACUUGCCCGCAUUUUGGAGACAUUUACUUAUUACCAGACUGGAUACUUGGCAAACAAAUUAAUUGACCCUUUCUCUCUAAGUGUUCAAAAGUUGAAAUCAAUUCUUGAUAGCAGAGGAGUGAACUAUGACAAUGCUCUAGAGAAGAGGGAUCUUUCUGAAAUGGUUGAAAACUCAGGUGUUGAUAUUGAUGCCUCAAUGUUGAAUAAAGAAGAUGAUGUUGGCCAGAAUGUUGUUGUGGAUUUCAUUGGUGGUGAUCAUUUCCUUGAAAAAGUUGAAGAUACGAAGGAUAGUGUUUGGGUUGUUCAGGUUUCAGCAAAUAAUUUAAAUAGAGAUAUGGGUCAAAAACUAAAUAGAAAAGAAUGGAAUAAAAUAGUAAAAACACUUUCUAAAUUUGGCAUACAAGCUGGUACAUUUAACUGCAAAAAAGAUUUCAACUUCUGCAGAUCAAGGGAAUGGCUGCAGGAUGAAAUUAUUUUAUCCAUACCAGAAGGGAAUUGUUUUAAGGAUAAAGUCAUCACUAAAACAUACUAUGGCAGCAAAAUGGAUCAUAAGAGUGUCUUAAAAUGGGUCAAUCAAAUUCUUUCUAAGAAGGUUCAAAAAGUUUUAAACUAUGAACAGUUAAAAAGUAAGUGGCUACAAUUUGAUACAAAUAAAGAUACCAAGAAUGCUGAUUGGUAUUUCAAUGAAAGUACAACAUCCGACAUCUGCCAUGAAAAAAUUAAAGUUCUUUUUGUGUCUCCACUGAAGACUCCUCCAUUAUUUUAUUCAGUCAUGCCUGCUAAGUUUUCAGGGAGAAUUAAAUUUGAAUUAUUUCAAAUUGUUUUAAACUUGGACAAAAUCAAUUUAUUUAAAAAUGAUUUUCUAUGCAACUCAAGUAAAAUGUUUAACAUUUUCCCCUCAAAUGAAUUGGCCUUUAAAGAUGUUAAACCUUUUUAUUUAGUUAUAACUCCAGAAAAACUUUUGAAAUUUGGUAGCAAAUCCGGUGAACAUUUCAACUACAAAUCAUUUUCUAAUUUCCUAAAAUUUUUGCAUCCAGAAAUCAAUGACAUCUUCAUAACUAGCUUAAUUAUAAUGAGUUUUGCCUGCUGCUUUGAUGUAAUAUUUCUCUCAGAAAAGAAAUUGUCAAACAAAGCUAUCCAUUUCUUAUGGAGCCUUUUUAAAUGCAAUGCUUGCCUCAUCUGUUUGUGGAUGGUGGUAUUAGGCACGUAUAAAUCAUUUUCUCAAUGCCAAGAUGUAAUUGAUUGUCUUCUAUUGUACAUCAGAGUCCUGUCUUUCUCCUCCAUUGGCAGUCAGAUGAGGAAUGAUUGGUACCAGUACAUUCAUUACAGGAAGGGAUGGUGCUUGCCUCUUUUUACAUUCUUCCUCGUCCAGUUUGCUUUCAUCACCGUCAAGAAGAAAAUAUUCAAUAGUUCUGAGCACUCAGCCAAUCAAAACACCAAUCAAGCAGGAGGAGUGUACAGUUUGACCUAUUUAGAGAUGUUCAUCAAUCGAAUCAUGCAAUCAUUUUUCUCGUCUUCAGAACAUGCAAGUCGCUUGCCAACAUUCGAUCCAGAUGAUGAUAACACUUCUGAUUUUGGAAUGAUGGAAAUGUUCAUUGAGAGAUUGGCAGUACCAGACCUGUGGUUGAGGCCAAUUGUAUCAUCCCAGUACCUUCAUGACCUUCCUGUUUGGAGGUUUGCAGGUGUCAGAUGCCCUUCCACGAGCAGUAACAAUGAUUCAGAUUAUUCCAUCGAGCAUGAAGAUGAUUAUUUGAUGGAUGGUAACUACAAGUGUGCUUGCAAGCAUGAUGAUUCUAAAUCAGACACAGGAAUGGUUUCAAAUGACAAUGCAGAUAAUGAAAACGAUACAACCAAUGCUUCGAUUUCAACCAUAGAAGAACCCAUGCUUUCUCCAGUUCAGAAGUUAUUAGCAUCAAUCACGUUUAAAACAUCACCUGAGAAUAUCUCCACUUGUCAUAAUUUCAUAAUUCCCAGUGGAGUAAUUGAAAGUUCUGAUUGCUCUAUCUGCCUGGACAGAUAUAAGAGAGCUGAUUAUUUGUGUGGUCUGCCAUGUGGACAUGCUUACCACCAGAGUUGCAUCAUGAACUGGUUGACCAGGGACAAUCACUGCUGUCCUGUAUGCAGAUGGCCUGCCUACAAAGCAAAGCCGUGUAGAAAGCACCUUGAUUCUUAA